AUGAAGACAUGCUCAUCCGAGCAAUUCGAUACAAUAGUCAAGACUCUUGAUCAAUCGCAUAAGCUUCUCUUGGGACCUCCGUCAUCUCAGAACCCUGCGAAAACCCCUGGCUGGAACCAGUUCUUUCUCAAUGAUGAUAAGGUGGCAGACGGUGAAGGCUGGUCGGGCGAAGCUCAACAGGAUGACUUCAAGAACGUCAUGCACAAUUUCGAGCAGGCCCAGCAGUUCCCUGUUAGGGGAAAUACCAAGAAAUGGCGCACCAUGAAGCCUGGAAGUCGGAUCACGUUUACAUGCAAAGAACCGGAGAGAUUGAAAGAUCGCUGCAAAAAAAUGGGCGCGGGUGCACUCCGCUACCCAGGAGGCCUCGCCAAUUCUGAUGGCUACGGCGAUAGUGUCGUGUUUUGUCCCGCGUUCUUCGGACCGAAGUACAAGGAUCUGGAUGAACUGACCAACGGCCGCCCGAAGGCCAUUUCAGAGCUACCUGUGCUAUACACAAAGGCCCAUGCUAUGACACACGAGUUCUUCCAUUGCCAGACAGCGCUGAAAACCCAGUUCCACAUUGAGGACGUCUAUGAUAACAUUGCUGGGAUUUUGACCGGCAAAAAGGCGGAGCUGACAUUGAUGACAGCUGAUAGUUAUGCAUGGCUCCUGAGCUUCAAUUGGCUUAAUUAUUACUUCGACUGGCAAAGUGACGGCGAUUACGAUGUCAUCCACGACGAAGUCAAGCGCGACACACAGACUGAUUCCACUGAUAUCGACACUGAUGUUGACGUUGAACACGAUCCCGAUACCGUGCUGGAUGCCGACUCGAUUGAUGUCGAUAAAGUUUAUCCUCAGGCAAACUGUGCGCAAGUCGGCAGCGAUCCCAUGGACGUGAAGUGCGAGUAUGUGGGUGAGGACUAUGACGACUGGGUCGAAGAUCAUCCGCAUCCAUCGGUAUCACAAUCCAUGGUAUCAGCCACGGCGAAACCUACCUCAACAAGAUUGGUCUCAGCCACACCUACCCCUUCUGCUACCGGGUCGGCCACAUGUGAAGUGAUCUUCGAAGAUGACCUGUCUUCCACAAAGGAUUGGAUGUACAAGGUUAUUGUGAGCGGAGAUUGGGCCACACAGGACGCGAUCAAAUCUGGUGUGGAAGGCUGCGUGAGCAACUCCGACGACCUUACCGCCUGGAUUUGGGAGGAUCAGGGAGAUGGAACGUGGAUGGCAGCAUUUGACCUUAAGAACUUCGAGGACGAAAACUGUGUGCCGGAUGCCAUCCAAAGCGCAUCGGAUGAUCUGAUCAAGGAUGUUUCGUGUCCAGUCCACAAUGGCGCGGACCCUACUCUCUCAACUCGGUUGAUGAUGGAGGGUGCUUCUGGCUAA